AUGGGAUAUCCCCCAGAAUUGGAGAAUGCAAUUCUGCAUUUCGAUGCCAAUGCCAGUCAGUCAUCAUUAUACUAUGGCGAAUAUCUCGCCCUAAUGGAGAUUGCUAAACGUGAAAACCAGUUUCCAUCAAUACCCAUAUUGAAGAGGAAGCUAGCAGUGGCCCAAUUAUCCCCUCAAGAGUUGGCGUUCUGGAGAAAAUCCGCCGGCCUGGAAGACAACAUAUACUUUCUCGAAUUCUUCAAAAAGGAGUUUCCCACAACACAAACAUGGCUAGAUUACCUCAAUGCGAUUGAACCCACAGAACCGGAGCUUCUUCAAGCAUUCGCUGAUUGCGGAUGGGACUAUAAAAGCGGCCAUGAGGUAUUCGUCAAACUUCGAGAGCUAUAUUCCUCGGAAGGAAAUGCCGAAAAAUUGCAAAAAUUGUACGAACGGAUGCUAUCUAUACCCCACGCUCAAAUCGAGGGGACCUACCAGGACUACUCCCCAUUUGUAUCUGCAACCUUUCCGGACUCUUAUCUGAGUCUAAUGAAGAAUGCCAGUCUGGCCAAGAAAGCAUGUGAGGCAACAAUACCUUACUAUAUAAAACUCGAGCAAAACAUUGCUGAUGACCCAUUUAACCCACAGCAUUGGAUCGCAUACAUCGAGUCAUGCGCCAAACAUAUGUUGAAAAACGCUUCAUUCGUAUCGAUUGAGCAGAUUUUCUUCAGAUCCCUCAUGGAAACUUCGAAGGUGUGUGAUGAGUCGUGGCUACCUGUUUGGAAGUCUUUUCUCAGUAUCGUGGAGCAGUAUGAAGAAUCACGUCUCCCACACUUCACAAAAUUGUUCAUCAAGUGCUUUCCAGAUCUCCCAGAUGGAUACACUGCAUUCAAUAAAUUGGAUCUUGAAGAUGACGAGUUUAACCGAUUAAGAACGGAGCUUCUUCGUUUGGUCGACGCGUUCAAAGCUGAUGAUAACUGGAAGCAACUAGCGACUACUUUGCUUGUAGGAGAUUUCAAGCAAUAUGCCAAGGUGCUGGAAACCUGGGCAUCAAUAUUUCUCGAGGACAUCAACACUAUUGCAUCCAAUGCCUUUGCCAGGGAGGAUGGUUUUGAGGUAUUGCAGUUGGCAAUUACAUUGGCAAGGAGAUGCUCGACUGACGAAGAUGCUUUCUUCGAUUUAUUUGUCGACUUGACCACCGCAUCUUUUGAUAAGUGGGCUCAUUCCGCAAAAGUCUGGGUAUUCUGCUUUCAGCUUCUCGCAUUGUAUGGUCCCCCAAAAUAUGGCAAGCGUAUGCUCAAGCUACUUCCAGAGGAUUUAUCCGAUCUCGAUGAUCCUAAGCUAGCCCUUGAUACUGCUUUAGCUCAUCAAGCUAUGCAUGGUCUGGCGGAGGAAAUUCAGCUGCUCUUGGACUUACUAGAGAAGACCCAUCCACGUCUUAUGUAUACUCCGGCAAAGAUGGAUAUAAAGAGAACCAACGAUGAAGAGCUUGAGGGGCCAGGGCAAAAAAAGGUGAGACUGGAGAACAAGCCAGAGGAGGCAAAUGAAGACGCAUCACGGAGUCGUGAAAUGUUCAGGGUGAAGGUGGAGAAUCUACCACUUUCCGCUAAAAAAGAUGAAGUUGCAAAUUUCUUUCAAGGCUAUUGUGAUCCUCUUUCCAUUGAUGUGUUCUCAACAGUUCAAGGACAUUUUGCAUUGGUUGAACUAAAGUCAGAAGAGGAGGUCAUGAAAGCUUUGGUCAGGGACCAGAAAGCUAUUGGGGAGUCUAUCGUGACAGUGAAGCGUAUUUUUGGAAACACCUUGUGGCUCACGAACUAUCCAUCUCACUGGGGAUUAUCAGAUGUCGAAAGCUUCUUAAAAGCUCAGGACUUGUUGUUUCUCAGUGUGAGGUUCCCUUCCCAAAGCGACAAACGUGAGAAAAGAUUUUGUUACAUCGAUUUCCCGGAUACCACUGCCACUCAGCUGGCACAGGCUCAGCUCGAUCAAUUGUCGCACAAGCGAAGUGGUCCUAAUGUGGCUCACCAGGUUUACGUUCAUAACAUCAACUUUGAGGUGACUACGGAAGAGACGUUACGCCAAUUCUUCAGUGGAAUUGGAAGGGUUGAAGAUGUCAAGGUUCCCCUCAACGAGACCAAUAGAGCAAAGGGUUUUAAGAACAACGGGUAUGCGUUUGUGACAUUCUCCGACGUCAAGGAUGUCAAGAAAGCCCUCGAUGCAAACGAGACGGUCUUGGAUGGCCGGACCAUUCAUGUCUCGAAAGGAAAAACAAAGCAGGCAAUGCAAAGCUCUCCACUGCAGUUCAACGUCAAGAGCACUAUUGCCUUGUUCAAUGUGAACAGCAUCAGCACCAAAGCUCAUCUUGAGGAGUUUUUGCAGAGCCGUGUGGGCUCAACCACCAAAGUCUUUUUGAAGCCUAGUAAGAGGGCAGCACUUGUCGAAUUUGAAAAUGAGUCUGAUGCUGGUAAAGCCAGUUUAUCACUCGAAGGAACCCUCUUUGACGAAGAGGUGCUUCAUGUGGGUUCUAAAGACGACUUUUUCAAGCAAGAGAACGACCAAAAACCAGCAAAGAAGACUACCAUGGCUCCUCCGAUGCUUAUGAGAAGAAAAAGACGUUAA